AUGGCGGACAAACACACUAACAUCGUUAUCUCACACGGCAAGACUGUCAGCGACAUUUUUGAGGAACCACAACAUCCAUGUACUGCCAUGGCCCCCAUGUCUCCAGAUGUAAACCCCGUCGAACAUUUAUGGGAUGCACUGCAUCUCAACAUACAGCCUCCUCAUGAGUCAAAUACCAGUCUUCACCAGUCUCCAUCAGUCCAACAACAGCCCUCAUCCGUCCAACACCAGUCUUCACCAGUCCUCAUCAGUCCUCUUCAGUCCUCAUCAGUCCUCAUCAGUCCUCUUCGGUCUUCACUAGUCCUCAUCAGUCCUCUUCAGUCUUCAUCAGUCCAACACCAGUCUUCAUCAGUCCAACACCAGUUUUCACCAGUUCUCUUCAGUCCUCAUCAGUCCUUACCAGUCCUCAUCUGUCCUCAUAAGUCCAACACCGGUCUUCACCAGUCCAACACCAGUACUCAUCUGUCCUCAUCAGUCCAACACCAGUCUUCAUCAAUCAAACACCAGUCCUCAUCAGUCCAACACCAGUCCUCAUCAGUCUUCAUCAGUCCUCUUCAGUCCUCAUCAGUCCUCAUCAGUCCAACAUCAGUCCUCAUCAAUCCAACACCAGUCCUCAUCAGUCUUCAUCAGUCCUCUUCAGUCCUCAUCAGUCCUCAUCAGUCCAACACCAGUCCUCAUCAGUCUUCAUCAGUCCUCUUCAGUCCUCAUCAGUCCUCAUCAGUCCAACAUCAGUCCUCAUCAAUCCAACACCAGUCCUCAUCUGUCCUCAUCAGUCCAACACCAGUCCUCAUAAGUCCAACACCAGUCCUCAUCAGUCUUCAUCAGUCCUCUUCAGUCCUCAUCAGUCCUCAUCAGUCCAACAUCAGUCCUCAUCAGUCCAACACCAGUCCUCAUAAGUCCAACACCAGUCUUCAUCAAUCCAACACCAGUCCUUAUCAGUCCAACACCAGUCCUCAUCAGUCUUCAUCAGUCCUCUUCAGUCCUCAUCAGUCCUCAUCAUCCAACACCAGUCCUCAUAAGCCCAACACCAGUCUUCAUCAAUCAAACACCAGUACUCAUCAGUCCAACACCAGUCCUUAUCAGUCCAACACCAGUCCUCAUCAGUCCUCUUCAGUCCUCAUCAGUCCUCAUCAGUCCAACAUCAGUCCUCAUCAAUCCAACACCAGUCCUCAUCAGUCUUCAUCAGUCCUCUUCAGUCCUCAUCAGUCCUCAUCAGUCCAACAUCAGUCCUCAUCAGUCCAACACCAGUCCUCAUCUGUCCUCAUCAGUCCAACACCAGUCCUCAUAAGUCCAACACCAGUCUUCAUCAAUCAAACACCAGUACUCAUCAGUCCAACACCAGCCCUUAUCAGUCCAACACCAGUCCUCAUCAGUCCUCUUCAGUCCUCAUCAGUCCUCAUCAGUCCAACAUCAGUCCUCAUCAAUCCAACACCAGUCCUCAUCAGUCUUCAUCAGUCCAACACCAGUCCUCAUCAGUCCAACACCAGUCCUCAUAAGUCCAACACCGGUCUUCACCAGUCCUCAUCAGUCCUCAUCAGUCCAACAUCAGUCCUCAUCAAUCCAACACCAGUCCUCAUCAGUCCUCAUCAGUCCAACACCAGUCCUCAUAAGUCCAACACCGGUCUUCACCAGUCCAACACCAGUAGUCAUAAGUCCAACACCAGUCCUCAACAGUCAAACACCGGUCCUCAUCAGUCCAACACCAGUCUUCACCAGUCCUUCACCAAGCUUAUACAUGCAUCGACACCAGUUAUCACCGGUCCUCGUCAGUCCAACACCAGUCGUCCCCAGUUAUCACCGGUCCUCAUCAGUCCAACACCAGUAGUCACCAGUUAUCGACGGUCCUCAUCAGUCCAAUACCGAUCAUCACCAGUUAUCACCGGUCCUCAUCAGUCCAACACCGAUCGUCACCAGUUAUUACCGGUCCUCAUCAGUCCAACACCGAUCGUCACCAGUUAUCACCGGUCCUCAUCAGUCCAACACCGAUCGUCACCAGUUAUCACCGGUCCUCAUCAGUCCAACACCAGUAGUCACCAGUUAUCACCGGUCCCCAUCAGUCCAACACCGAUCGUCACCAGUUAUCACCGGUCCUCAUCAGUCCAACACCGAUCAUCACCAGUUAUCAUUGGUCCUCAUCAGUCCAAUACCGAUCGUCACCAGUUAUCACCGGUCCUCAUCAGUCCAACACCGAUCAUCACUAGUUAUUACCGGUCCUCAUCAGUCCAACACCGAUCGUCACCAGUUAUCAUUGGUCCUCAUCAGUCCAACACCGAUCAUCACCAGUUAUCACCGGUCCUCAUCAGUCCAACACCAGUCUUCCCCAGUCCAUAA